AUCAGACUUCUUUUGACUGCCUGCUGGCUAUUAGAAAGAAUGCAAGUUUAAGGCACUUCUACACUGGCUUCACUUUUCAGAACUGGAGGUUGCCCACUACCAGAAACAUGAUUGCAAAUUAAUGCUUAUAUUACUCUGUAAAUAAUGUGUAACUGUUUGCCAACAAGUACGCCAUAUCAACAUAAAGGUGAUAAUAUGCUAAUUUUGUGUUGACACCGUGUUUCUACUGCCCCCAAGUGGCCAAAAAAAAAAUCAGUUGAUGCAGGUUUGAUGGCUUAAUGUAUGAUGGCUUAGGUUUGAAAAAGGCAACUAGUAAACUUGUCAGUCAAAACAAGAAAGACGCACGUAUUGAAAUAACCCUCUUGUUUUUCCCUCUGUUGUGCACAGUGUUAAACUGCUGUGAAGGGGAUAUUCUCCUUCUGCUGGACUCUUCAGGAAGUGUAGCAAACUACGAGUUCAUCCACCUGUUGCUCUUCACCACCGAGCUGCUUCGCCCCUUCUCAUUGGGCAGUGGGCACGUCAGAGUCGGGCUGCUGCAGGUGGGCACAAACCCUAACUUGGAGUUUGGCCUGGACGUUCACAACAAUCAGGAAAGUCUGCAGAAAGCUCUGGGGAGUGUCAGACAGCUGCAGGGAGACACUAACACCGAGGCAGCGCUCAGGGUGGCCCAGCAGCUUCUGACAGAGACGGACGAGAAUGUGCCAAAGAUACUGCUGUGGCUGACUGAUGGUGUGCAGCCCGGAGACGUGGACGAGCCCAUGUCUCAGCUGAAGGCGCAGGGAGUUUCUGUUUUAGCUGUGUCUACAGUACAUGGAAACUACCAGGUGCUACAACGUGCAGUGACACCUCCACUGGAGUCUCACCUCUACUCUGUAGACAUAGAAACCAUCGAAAUCAUCACACAGGACCUGAGGGAGGCCAUUAUCAAAAUCAUUCGUGCAGAACGACUGCGUGUGGUUCACUUGACUUCCCACAGUGCUGUGCUGCAGUGGCGUCCCGUUCUGAGCGCAGACAGCGGUUACUAUGAGCUCUCGUACAACUCUAUGCGGAAUACGGACGCUAAAACUAGACGCAUUCUCCCAGGCGACUCCAGCUGGGUAGAGCUGACCAACCUGCAACCUGACACCACCUACACCGCCGCCCUGCAUCCAGAGUCCAACCAGAGACUGUUUAACACACUCUCUGUUAACUUCACCACACUUCCUGAUGUUUUAAGCCCGGCAGUGGUCUCCGUGUUGGCCUCUGGUCUUCGUCAGAUCCGUGUGAGCUGGGGUCCCCUGCAGCCGGCUCGAGUUCAGAGAUAUACGGUGGAGUAUGGAGCUAUUCCAAGCGGAGACGUCCACAUCGUGACAUUACCCAACCAGCAGAACUCCACCGUACUGACGGGCCUGGAGCCGGGCACUCAGUACCUGGUCACAGUCAGUGCUCUGCAUGUGAAUGGAAAAGAAAGAGCCAUGUCUGUAAGGGCAUGCACUCAAGAGGCAGCUCUGCCAGCCCUGGCCGACCUUCAGCUGACCCCAUUAGAGCGUCAGGAGGUGCAGGUCGCGUGGCAGGCCCAUCAGGAAGGUUUGAAAGGCUACUGGCUGAGCUGGGAAAUAGAAAACUCCCACAGCUCAUCCUUGAAGCCCUCAAUCUCCACCGUCUACCUGCCUCCUACCUCUCGUUCAACGCGUCUCACGCACCUCGCAUCAAGCAGUCGAGUGUGCGUGUCCCCGGUCUACAGCUCGGGCCGAGGAGACGGGUUAUGCUGCACUGCAGGGAGGCACACAGAUUCCAGCCGGUGGGGUUAACAACCAGCGUCGGCAGCAAUCAGGCAGCUGGCGCAAAAAAGUGGGUGAAAUCGAGCAUUUUGAGUGCUGGGUGCACUAGAUAACUUGUGCAGGAUUGAAUAUUAUUAUGAAUAUUAUUAUUCUAAGUUAAAAUGUUCAUCAAGCCCUGUGAUAGGCUGGCGACCUGUCCAGGGUGUACCCCACCUUCGCCCAAUGUCAGCUGGGAUCGGCUCCAGCCCCCCGUGACCCUGAAUAGGAUAAGCGGUUACAGAUAAUGGAUGGAAAAUGUUCAUCAUGAAAUAAAUUAUGGUCACAGAAAAGGCGUUAUCACAUACCCACAGCUCUCUGUCCUCACAAUGGCUGAGCAAAAUCUGGCAUAAUUAUUCAUUUUUAUCAUCAACUUUGCAGGAAGGCUGCCCACCACGACACCACACAUUUAGUUUCUGACAUUCAGUUAUUCAGGAACAUAAACCGCUGCAGAGUAUGCAGCAUUCACAGUUUGUGUGAGCUACUAUUGUUAUUAUUAUUUAUCAUUAUGAUUAUUAGUCUGUAAUGUCAGCCUAUUCUUAAAUUGUACUGUUUACACACUUUGUACAUAAUUACAGGUGUAUUUACUUGAAAUUAUAUGAAAAUGUUCUCUUCUCCUUGAAAGUAUAUUCACAGUUCUUAAAGGUCCAGAGUGUAACAUCUGGCGGCAUCUAGCAGUGAAGUUGCAGAUUGCAACAUCUCCCAUGUACCAAGAACUGCGGCGGCUGACGUGAAAACGUGAAUGGCCCUCUCUAGAGCCAGUUGUUGUAAGAGUAGCGUAGGUCAUUUGGAGAAUAGCAGAGUCAGUGAGUAGAGUGUGUGUGUACGUGAGAGGUGAGUGAUGAAGCAAGAGAGAGAGAGAUAGGCAGCAAAUGUGUGUUAUGUGAGCGAAAAGGCAAGCUAGUGGUAGUGGUAAUGCUAAAUCAUAUACUAUGCACUACAUACCCAAUAUAUGUACAUACUUUUGUGUAAAUAAAACAGUAGUAUGUAUAUUUUCGGAUGCACUGAGCAGUACUUUACGUCGUCACUUCCCGAGAAU